AUGAAGUCGUUUUCUAGUGCGAUCAAUAAAACGGGCAAGAAGUUUGCCCCCAAGGCACCAGCCCGUCGCCCGCCCGCUGCGCCCGCGAGACGACCCAGCGCAGCUCAGCAAUCGCCGGCCGAAACCUCCCAGACUAAACCUACAUCUGAGAGUAGUGCCAAAAAUGAUUCGCCCAGUCUAGCGCCUCAAGUGACUGCAGAGGCUGAAAAGCCCGCGGUAGCUGCUUCACCUGCACCAUCUGCAGCGGGGGCGGGUUCAACCCCCAUUCCUCCCACCACCACCACCACCCAAGCCGCAUUUUCUACUCCUACCACGUCGUCCCAGACAAAUGAAACACCAAAGCCCACAGCGAUAUCCAGACCGACCCUAACUCCGCGCACGCCUAUCUCCAAACCGACUUCAAUCCCAAAGCCGAAUGCGAUCCCAAAGCCGGACUCCGUCCCUGUUUCACAAAAGCGUAAAGCAGAGGCUGUACCUCAACCUGAACCUACAACAAGCGCUCCUCCCACUCCUCCCAGUACUCAACAGACACCACCCACCGCCAAACUCAACAGUGAAUCCCAAACCGCUGAAGGCCAAGGACCAGAACAAGCUCUACUGGAUUAUGCUCGAGCUGAAGCUGCACGUGCUGCGGGGGAUCUAGUUGAAUCAAGCGCGACUCAGCAACACCCACCCACCCCGAAGGACACCCCGAAGGAUACCCGUGUUGAGGCGCCGCCAGCUAAGCGCACCAAGAAAGCGGUGCCGACGCCCACCGCGAAACCAAGCCGCAGGAAAUCUACAUCGGCAUCAUCUUCCACUGCAGCUAGUCGUCGUGGCUCCCAGUCGGUUGUCCCCACUAUCGAAGAUCCAAAUCAAAAUGCCAGUGGAUCCAAUCUCACAACCCCCGACCCUGCCACGAAGCCGAAGAAGCGAAAGUACUCCAAGACUGAGGCAUCCGACCCCGAAGGCAAUGAGAGACCCAAGCGGAAUCGCAAGAAGCGUGAGCCAACUCCCGAGGAUGCCGAGGGCGUGGAGAUUUUGCCAAAUGUCAUGAAGAUGUCUGAGCUUUGCAAGGAUCUUCGGACCGGAAAGAAGUCAAAGCGCGAAGUUGAGUUGCGUAAGAUGGACCAGGAAGAAGAGGAACGGAAGAAGCAAGGUGGCGGGACCCCGGUGAAGGAACCAGAGCCAGAAAAGGAGGAGCAGCCGGUCAAUUGGAAACCCCAAUCUGGCCCAAAGAUGCGUGUGGUCAACGGUGAGAUUGUGCUGGACAACACUUCUCUGCAAGUUGAUCGCCACGCAGAUGCUGCACGCGAAGCCGGUGAACUGGAAGACGUGGAAGAAAGCUCGUUUACCCGCAAAAUCAACCAAGCUACCUAUGGCAAGCGCUCUAAGACUGAAACAUGGGAUGAGACCAUGACAGAUCUUUUCUAUCGCGGUUUACGCAUGUUCGGCACCGACUUUAUGGUCAUCAGCAAGAUGUUCCCUGGCAGGUCUCGCCGACAGAUCAAAUUGAAAUUCAACAAUGAAGAGCGCCGCGACCCUCAGCGCAUCAAGGAUACACUGCUCGGCCCACGCGAGACCAUCACCAUCGCCGCAUACUCGGAGAUGACAAAUACUGUUUACGAUGAUCCCAAGGCCGUACAGCAAGAACUCGACGAGGAGAAAAAGCGUAUCGAGGACCAGCACGCCAAGGAGCAGGAGCUGCAGCAAGAACUUUUGCGCAACCCUACUGAGCCAAAGGAUGAAAAGAACGACAAAGGAACUGCGAAGAAGACACGCAAGAAGCAAGUGAAAGAUAACGGUGGUGGUACAGAGGAGGUUCUGGGAUCAAUUGAUGACUUCCCCACUGCUUGA